UUCUAUGCAAUAUUACUAAAAAUAUACUAAAGUAGGAAGGGGACGACGCAACCCACCGAACAACUCCAUGCUGUAGUCCGUGAUAGGAUAUUCUUAGAUUUAAUCGUCAUGAACUCUAUAUUUUUGUACCGGUGAAAUUUUUGGAUAUUAUUUGAAUCAACCAAUCAAACAUUAUCAAUAUCAAUCAUAGACUACAAAAAACACUGAGUGCGAUCAAUAUUGAACAGUAUGACUGCAUAUGAAAUCUGUUAUACAUAAGUAAAUGCUUAACUACUCUUGCAUGUAUGAAAAUUUAAAUGUUUGCAUUUAAAUAUCAAUUAAAUAAAUUAACGAAGACAAUGAUUUUAAGCAGAAAUAUAUUUACUGUGAAACGAUUAGUACAAAAUAUCAGAAAGUUCCAUUGUUCGCAAAAAUGUGGAUCAUACGAAGGGUCUGGGAAAACUAGAGGUGAAGUUAUUAAUAUUAAUCCUGGUCCCAGGCUUUUUAUAAAAGAAGUUUCACAGAUAGGGUUUGUGCUUAACGAUAAUUCAAAAAUCAUUGGUCCUCUUGCAAUUUUUCCAAGAAGUGCAUUCUGUUGGAACAUCCCAUCUGGAGAACACAUAAAUGAGAAAACAUUGUCUUUAUUCUUUACUAUUGAACCCAAACUGGAUCUGUUAAUAUUAGGUCUCGAAAGGAAAUAUGAACAUAAAGAAAUUAUGGAAUUAAAGAAGAUGUUAGCAAGAGAGGGCAUGAAUACUGAAAUAUGUAGUGUAGAACAAGCAUGUGGUCUUUAUAAUUUAAUAUGUGAUGAGGGUAGGUUUGUUGCAGCAGGUCUUAUACCGCCAGUAGAUGUAAAAUUACCAGUAGUGUCAAAUUCAUAAACCAAAGAUAAUAUAAAAUAGUUGGCGUUAGGUGAAAAAUAAACAUUAUCUUAUUGUAUAUAAAAACGUAGAAAAUAGAUCUUAUUAUUAAUGUGUUCAUGGAGAAUAUAAAUUCUCUACAAUGUUAAAGUUCACAUAAUAAAAAGAGAGUAAUAAAUUGAAUUUUACAUAUUUCAUGUAUUUUAUAUACUAAAUUAUUCAAAAAGUGAUCAUUAUUUUAUUUACAUAAAAUAAAUGCUAUUUUUUCUAUUA